UGUCAGGGGCGUUCAGUGGUUGAGGAGCGGUUAUGACGGUGGCUUAGGAACAUUCUCUUGGAUGUCCUUUCGGGAACAGAGGGGCACUCUGACCUCGAGCUGGGUCACGCCUUCGCGGUGAGGAGGCCUCAUUCCUGAGAUCAGGCCUGACCUGUAUAAGCCCAGAGAGUCGUAAGAAGUUGGAUGUAGAAGUCCUUCCAUGAUUGGCUUCCUAUAACAAGUCUGUAGUUUCCUGAUUCUACUUCGUAUCCUAUAAUCAUGGACUUGUUUAUGUGACCUUCCAAGCCCGUAACCAAUCAACUGGCCAGUCUUCUCAUUUUUCUUGAAGAUUAUUUACACGGGAUAUGCUGCUGUACAUUAUUUUGGGAUUGCUCAUACAUUUGGUGUUCUUCGCCUCCAUCUUUGACAUUUACUUUACAUCUCCUUUGGUUCAUGGAAUGACUCCUCAGUUUACGCCAUUGCCUCCCCCAGCGAAAAGAUUAGUGCUGUUUGUUGCUGAUGGCCUGCGAGCAGAUAAACUUUAUGAAUUAGAUGAAAAUGGAAAUUCUAGGGCACCAUUUAUUAGGAAUAUCAUAAUGCAUGAAGGCAGCUGGGGGAUAUCUCACACACGUGUGCCAACUGAAUCUCGGCCAGGCCAUGUAGCCCUGAUAGCAGGGUUUUAUGAAGAUGUCAGUGCAGUUGCCAAAGGAUGGAAGGAAAAUCCUGUAGAAUUUGAUUCUCUUAUUAAUGAAACCAGGCACACAUGGUGCUGGGGGAGCCCAGACAUCUUGGCUAUGUUUGCCAAAGGUGCUAGUGGAAACCAUGUUUUUGCACAUAAUUAUGACGCUUACAGUGAGGAUUUUGGUGCCCAGGAUGUAACAAAACUGGAUACCUGGGUUUUUGAUAAUGUGAAGGAAUUCUUUCAUGCUGCCAGAAACAACCAAUCUUUGUUUUCUAAACUAAAUGAAGACAAAAUAGUUUUUUUCUUACAUUUAUUAGGAAUAGAUACAAAUGGACAUGCUCACCGACCAUCGUCAAGGGAAUAUUUGAACAAUAUUAAAAUAGUUGAUGAGGGAUUGAAAGAAAUUGUGUCUACUCUUAAAGAUUUUUACGGAAGUGAUGGGAAAACAGCAUUUAUCUUUACUGCUGACCAUGGAAUGACAGACUGGGGUUCCCAUGGAGCUGGUCAUCCUUUAGAGACUUGUACUCCUUUUGUCACUUGGGGAGCUGGAAUCAAGUAUCCUCAAAAAGUGUUAGCUCAGAAAUUUGAUGAUACAUAUUUGCAAGAAUGGAAAUUGGAGAACUGGAAGAGACAAGAUGUCAAUCAGGCUGAUGUUGCACCACUGAUGGCUGCUCUUAUUGGAGUUCCCUUCCCUCUUAAUUCAGUGGGAACCCUUCCUGUGGAUAUACUUAACAGCACUGAUCUCUUCAAAGCAGAGAGCAUGUUUACAAAUGCAGUACAGAUUCUUGAACAGUUCAAGGUGAAAAUGACUCAGAAAAAAGAAGCUACUUUACCGUUUUUGUUUACACCAUUUAACUCGCUUUCUGAUUCUAAACAGAUCAACAUUUUAAGAAAAGCAAGAUCUUAUAUAAAACAGAAAAAGUAUGAUGAAGCAGUCUCCCUUUGCAAGGAGCUGAUUAAUCUUGCAUUGAAAGGAUUGUCCUAUUAUCACACUUAUGACAGAUUCUUUUUGGCUUUCAAUGUCGUUCUUGGUUUUGUGGGAUCGACAUCUUAUGCUUCUUUGCUGAUCAUCAAGUCUCACUGCAACCUUACCAGAGGCGUUAGUAAAGAAGUCAAGAAACCAAGCCAUCUCCUGUCAUGUAGUUUUGUAGCUGUUGGCGUUUUACUAGCACUUUUCCUGCUGAUUCAAGCCUGUCCCUGGACUUACUACAUAUAUUGCUUGUUGCCACUGCCAGUAUGGUAUGCGGUUCUGAGAGAAUUUCCAGUUAUUCAAGGCUUGGUCACAUUACUGUUGACCUUCCCUCCAAGUCAUUUUGUUGGAUACCUGUUACUCUUUAUCCUGGGAGUUGAAGUAUUAGUUCUCAGUUUUUUCUACCGCUAUAUGCUUACAGCUGGACUCAUUGCGUUUGCAGGUUGGCCAUUUAUCACUCCACUGUGGACUCGAGCAAAGAGCACCUCACUGAGUUGGAUUUUCUUCUGUUUGCUCCUGGCAGUGUUCCCACUUAUGCCUGUUGUAGGACGAAAGCCAAAUAUCUUUCUAGUAGUGGGUGCAGGCUUGCUGGUUCUUCUGCUAUCCCUGUUUGUUGUAACAUCUGUCAUAAAAAGAAAAGAUAGUUUUGUAAAUGAAGAGCUGGUGUUACAUCUAUUACAGAUGCUAAGCACGGUGCUUUCCAUGUGUGUUGUGUAUGGCACUCAUAAUAGUCUACUCAAGAAACAAGGACUGCCUCUUAUUAAUCAGGUUGUUAGCUGGAUAAUAUUAGCCUCUUCCUUCAUCGUGCCUCUACUGAGUCCUCUGAUUCUCUUUGAUCGGCUGUUUAGCAUUCUUGUUUCCUCAAUGUCGACCUACCUACUUCUAAGCACAGGGUAUGAAGCUCUCUUCCCAUUAGUAUUGUCAUGUUUGAUGUUUGUCUGGAUACACAUGGAACAAGAAACCUUGCCACAAUCUGUUGUUUCCUGUAAACAGAAGGUCUCCAGUAUCCAAUUCACCUAUAAUACUGAUAUAACCCAGUUUCGAGACCUCUAUCUGGAUGACAUCCGUAGGGCCUUUUUCCUUGUUUUCUUCUUAAUGACAGCCUUUUUUGGAACUGGGAAUAUAGCUUCUGUUAACAGCUUUGAUCUUGCCUCUGUCUAUUGCUUUCUGACUGUGUUUAGUCCUUACAUGAUGGGAGCCCUGAUGAUGUGGAAGAUUUUAAUCCCCUUUGCUCUUGUGAUGUGUGCUUUUGAAGCUGUUCAGUUAACUACCCAGUUAUCAUCAAAAAGUCUUUUUCUCAUGGUUAUCAACAUAUCAGACAUCAUGGCUUUGCAUUUUUUCUUCUUGAUCAAAGAUUAUGGCAGCUGGCUUGAUAUUGGAGCAAGCAUCAGCCACUAUGUGAUUGUCAUGUCCAUGACCAUCUUUCUGGUGUUUCUCAAUGGCCUGGCACAGAUGCUCACAACAAAGAAACUCACACUGUGUGGCAGACCCAAAAGCCACCUCAUAUGAUGUUGCCAAAGCCAUCAUUCAGCAUCCAGAUCCUGUUUCUCAUUCUCCUUGUCAACUAAAAUCUUAUCACAGAUUCAUAAAGAAGAUGGAUAUUAAUGUAUAACAUACUCUGCUCAUCUAAAGGAAAUUAUAUGUGGAAUUCUGAAUUUACAGGUUAUCUGGAAUAAAGGAGCUUCCAUUUUCUUUAGGUUUUUCAUGAAGUCGUGGUUACGUCUGUGGAAAAGCAGAGUAAAGCAUUCUGCAUUUUCAUUUUUUCCUUUAGUUGGCAACUCUUCUCACCGAUGUUUCAGAGCACCUGUAACAGUCUCUGGUCCCCAGCUGUACAGCUUCCUGUAUUAUAUGCAGAGGAGAAUGUGCUCCUGAGGGGGCAGUACUGAUCACAUCCAAAAAUCAAUGCACUGGCUGAACAUGAAGUAAAUCACCAGGUGGCACCAUAAAUAUUUAUCAACUCUCAGCACUUGUUUUGCAAGUAGUUCUAACUACUAAACAACAUUAGAAAGACAAUCAGGAUGUGUAGAAAAAUGUUUGCAGGUGUUUUUCAUUUUUCUUCAGUAUUCAGCAAUACUAUUUUAUGCUUUUUAGUGCUUUUUUAGUUUUUGUAGUCAAUCAGAUAGA